GGGGAGUGGCGCUGCACUUGGUGAUUCGAGUGGGAGGAGGAGCAGGAGCGGGGAGCACUGAUAUCGACCUUGCGUCUGUCAUGCCCACUCGCACCAACCCGUCCCCCCUCAAAUGCUUCUCCCACUGGCCGCUCUCCAGAGCCCAUCCGCUCCUCACAGCCGGCUCAGCACGCCGCAAUUCAUCCUCUCUCUCCCUCACCACGCUCUCUGACCUCAACGCUGCUGCUCUCGCGCUGCACCCCGCCCCCUUUGCCCUGCUCGCCCCCGCCACGCCCUCCUCCCCCUGCCGCCCCUUCUCCUUCUCCACCUCCUUCGCCUUCCGCAUCUCCUCCCCCAAUGCCGCCGGGCUGGGCGGCGAGGGCUUGGCGUUUGUGAUGCUGCCGACGCCCAUGCUCGGCCUGCCAGGGCCCUCUUUGGGCUACGGCCGUGUGCUGCUGCCCCCGGGGAGCACGACUGGCGCUGAUAAUUCCAGUGACGUGUCAUCUCAGCCACAGCAGCACAGGAGCCUGGCAGUAGAGUUUGACACGUCCUCUUCUCCUCAGUUCUUCGACCGGCCCGACCACCACGUGGGGGUGAACCUGCACGGCAGCAUGCUCUCUCUCGCCUCUGUCCCCGUGCACCCCCUCGGCAUUCCCUCCCUCAACGCCGGUCAAACCCUCCUCGCCACCAUCCAGUACAACGCCUCCUCCUCCCACCUCACCGUCUACCUCUCCCCCGCCCCCUCCUCCUCUCGCUCUUCCUCCCCCACCUCCCCUCCUCUCCCGCGCUCUGCUGUCCUCUCCAUGUUCCUGGACACCUGCGAGUGGCUGGGGGGAAACGACCCAGAGGCAGCAGCGCCCCCCCCGCCACUGUUUGUGGGAUUCACAGCGGCCACGGGCAAGGGGGCGGAGCAGGCUCAGGCGCACGAGGUGCUGGGGUGGAGCUUUGAGGUCGGAGAAGGUGCGUUGUUUGAGUGGCCUUAA